AUGACAUCCCAGGCGCUGCAGCUUCUCCGCCAGGGCGUGUGGGCCGCGCUCACCGGGGGCUGGUACCAUGACCCCGAGCAGAGCAAGUUCACCAACAGCUGUCACCUGUACCUGUGGCUGUUCCUGCUGCUGCUGCCCCUGGCCCUGCACCUGGCUUUUCCUCCAAAUGCCAUCACUGUCAUCUUUUACUGCAGUUCAGUGACUGUAUUCUUCACAGUAAUCAAGCUGGUCAGUUAUCGCCUGCACCUCAUGUUUGAUGAAGGGGAAAUAAUUCAGCAGAAACCUUCUCAGCAGAAAGAAAAGACAAGGACAGAGAAAGAGGUGAAUGCUGGACUUGCAACCAAUCACAAACAUCCAAGCAAUAACAGGCAGAUUAACAAUAGCAAGAAGGAAGAUGCCAGCCGAGCCCUCCCUACACCGCCCCUCCGCUGCAGCUCGCAAGGGCAAAGCAUGAACUCCCACCACUCUUCAGGGAUGCUGGAGCUGCCAGUACAGGAGACAGUGGAAGACCUCAAAGGCGUCGUUCUGUCCGAAGACCAACACGGAGCUCCCCCGUCGUGUACCUCACCGUGCAUGAAGAUGGAGCACCCUCCCGUCUCUAAAGUGUCCGUGCCAGAAGCCAUGGCCACCUCAGCCAUAAUCAUGAAGCAAGUGACUUCAGAAACGCUGCUCAGUAAUAAGGGGAAGGAGCGAGGCCGGGGACGGCCCCCUUCGCGCCACCGAUCCGAGGGCGGGCUGGAGGACAAGGGCCCUUUGAAGAGACCGCCACACUUAUCUUUGUCCCAGCAUGACUUGCUGGAGACAGACGUCUCGUUCCAGCCCUGGGGGAGUGAGGACUCUGUCCUGGUUCUGGAAGGGGGCCAGCAGUCCACGGGCUCCCUCGAGGGGCGGGUGCACAGGGGCUCCCCUCAGCACAGCCUGAGCAGCAGCUGCCCUCAGUGCACCACCGUGGUCAUCAGACAGGCAGAGGAGCCUGGGGACACCUCCUGCCAGGUCGAGGCGCCCCUGGACGAGGAGGUCACCUCCUCAGACGGUGAGGUUGCCGUCACCCUGGUGGACACCUCCCAGCCUGGGGACCCACUGAGUCUGCACGAGCCCAUCAAGAUUGUCAUUACAAUGAGCAGCACCCGAAACUCCAUGACCGACCAGGAGGGCUCGCUCCACUUGAAGGUGAUGAGCACAGAGAGGGCUGCUCCCCAGUCAGAUGAGGAGACGGCCACCCCCGGGGCGACCAGCUCCCCGAGCAGCGAGCAGAUGCAGAUCCCCGUCAUCACCCUGGAGCUGACUGACGAUGGCUGUGGAGACACCGUCUGUCCUGGAGACAGUGGGAAGGAGAGGCUGAUGGUGGGGGCAUCCUCCAACCAGUGCUCUGGCUAUGAGUCUGGGGAGGGGGGCAAUGCCAUCAAAGACUGCAGCCUGUCCCCGAGGAACCCCUGCGAGCCCUCGCCCCUGUCCACCCCCAGCGUGGCCUCUGCUAUUGGAGCGGGCAAAGAAGGCCAGGCUGGCCUUGACCCCUCGUCGUGUAGAAGCGGCCACGAGAAGAGACACGCGCGGGUCCUCAGCGUGGACAGUGGGACCGAUGUCUUCCUCAGUAAGAGCUCCGCAGAAGUCCCGAGUGACAGGGAGAAGAUGAUGCCAACUUCCAAAUCUGACUUGGAGGCCAAGGAAGGGCAAAUGCCCAAUGAGUCCAACUUCCUGGAAUUUGUCUCCCUUUUGGAAUCUAUUAACACCUCCAAGGUGGUGGCAGGUGCCCGGGCAAGUGGUGCCACUGCAGAGCAGGGGAAAGAUAGCAAGCUUCCUGCAGAUAACUGUUCCCAGGAGAAAAUGGAAGAAGUCCUGCAAAGUGAGACGUCGAGUGGACGCUACUCUAGACAAGGGAAGUUGGAAAUGCAAAGUCAAGACCACACAAACACCAGCCCUGUCUUCACUGAGCCGGCCAAGAUUAAGACCAUUUUCCAGGGUAAUAGGCAGAGACAAAUAAUCUACAGAGUGACAUCCCAACAAGACAGUUCUGUCCUGCAAGUCCUCAGUGGGCCCGAAACAUCUGUGCAGGAGGAGAUUUCUCUGGACGCAAUGCAUGUCUUCAUUGAUGAGCAUGGGGAAAUUAGAUCCUGUUACUUAAAAUCUGGAAAUCCAAAAGAAGGACCUUUGCAACAGCAGUUGUCAAAUUAUGACUGUUUUUCUAAUACUCGGGAGGUGCGGAUCAGUUCAUCCAGUACCACAACCUCUGAGAGUCAAGACCCACCUUCGGGGGACCCUGCCGUCAGCACUCUCCAACAGCAGCUCUUACUGAUGGUGGCUCGGAGGACCCAGUCAGAGACGCCCCAGCACCUGAGUCAGGACCUAGAGGAGGCCUCGCACUCUUCAACACAAGGGAAAUUUAACCGAGAGCAGUUUUACAAGUUUAUCAUUUUCCCCGGCAAGUGGAUUAAAGUCUGGUAUGAUCGACUUACCUUGUUGGCAUUACUGGAUCGAACUGAAGAUGUCAAGGAAAAUGUGCUGGCUGUCUUACUCAUCAUCCUUGUGUCCCUCCUUGGAUUUUUGACCCUGAACCGAGGCUUUUGCAAAGAUCUGUGGGUCCUCCUCUUCUGCCUGGUCAUGGCCAGUUGUCAGUACUCCCUGCUAAAGAGCGUCCAGCCGGACCCUGCCUCUCCAAUCCACGGACACAACCAAAUCAUAACAUACAGCAGACCAGUCUAUUUCUGUGUGCUGUGUGGCCUUAUUUUGCUUCUUGACACAGGGGCCAAGGCUGAGCGCCCUCCUACCCAUGUUGUCUAUGGAUUGAAGCUCUUCUCUCCAGGGUCCCUGCAGUUAGCUAGGGACUACCUCAUUGCAUUUUUAUAUUGCUUCCCUGCCAUUUCCCUCCUUGGGCUUUUCCCUCAGAUCAACACUUUCUGCAUUUAUCUCCUGGAACAGAUCGACAUGCUGUUUUUCGGAGGUUCCGCCGUGUCUGGGGUGCUGUCGGCUGUGUAUGGUGUGGCCCGGAGCUUCAUGGCUGCUGCUGUCCUCCACGUCCUUUGCUUCAGCUCCAUCAAGGAGCCAUGGAGCGCCCAGCACAUCCCAGCACUGUUUUCGGCCUUCUGUGGCCUCCUGGUCGCCCUUUCCUACCAUCUGAGCAGGCAGAGCAGUGACCCAGCUGUGCUGAUGUCCUUCAUUCAAUGCAAAUUGUUUUCUAAAUUUUUACAUGAAAACUUGGAAGAGUCGGCCGCAGAUCCUCUCCCAAAGAAAAUGAAAGACUCUGUGAAGGAUGCCUUGCAGUCGGAUCUGAUAGUCUGCUCGCUCGCCGCAGUCCUCUCGUUCGCAGUCAGCGCCAGCACCGCAUUCCUCUCCUUACGCCCAUUUCUCAGCAUCGUGCUCUUCAGCCUGGCCGGCGUCGUGGGCUUCCUAGCUCACUACCUGCUGCCUCAGCUCCGCAAGCAUCAUCCUUGGAUGUGGAUUUCCCACCCUGUCCUCAAAAACAGAGAAUACCAGCAACGGGAAGUGACAAAUAUCGCCUAUUUAAUGUGGUUUGAAAGACUCUAUGUUUGGCUUCAGUGCUUUGAAAAGUAUAUCUUGUAUCCAGCAAUAACUCUGAAUGCCCUCACCAUUGAUGCCUUCUCCAUAAGCAAUUACCAGAGACUUGGUACCCAUUGGAACAUUUUCCUGUUGAUUGUUGCUGGCAUGAAGCUCCUCCGCACCUCGUUCUGUAAUCCAGUCCACCAGUUUGCCACCUUGAGCUUCACUGUCAUCUUUUUCCAUUUCGACUACAAAAAAGUUUCGGAGAGUUUCUUGCUGGAUUUCUUCCUGAUGUCCAUUCUGUUUAGCAAG